AUGAUUAUUUGGAAUGAUUUGCCAUUUGAAUUAAAACUCGAAGUUUUCCAAUAUUUGACCAGAAAAGAGCGGUAAUUUAUUUAUCUGAAAAUAUUUUUCAAAAUCAUUUUUUCAGUCUAAAAUUCGGGCAAUGCUCAUUUUCCUGUUUGAAACAAGUUUUGCAAGAAGAAAAAGAAAUUGAAUCUUUGACAAUCGAAAAAAUUACCCGAGGAAAAAAGAACACAAUUUUCAAGUUGACAAUUGAUUUCACUUUUGAGAUAACAUUUAAAAAAAUUGGAGAGUUAUGCGAAAUUCGACAAAGUGGAGAAAUUAUGUGGAAAUCUACUGGAAAUGCUGAAAAUUUGGCUGUCAGGUUUUUCAAGCACAUUUUGAUGAAAUCAAGGAAUAAUCUGCGGGAAUUGAAAAUUUGGAAAGUGAGUUUCUUUUUUGUGAUAAAAACUCGGAGUUCACAAAAAUCAAGUUCCUCAGAAAAAUUAAAAGAUCAAAAACUGCAAGGAUUACUGUAGAUUAGAACUGUAACCUAAUAUUAAAUUUCAAAGUUCAAACUGCAAAGAUUACCGUACCUGUAAAUCAACACUUGAUGCUCAAAUAUUGACUAGAUGCAAGGUGUACUGUAUGAACUACAAGGAUUACUGUAGUCUAGAAGAAUUCGGAACGGUUUUUUAUUUUCCCAAUUCUUUUUUUCAGCUCGAUUUUCACAUCAAAAAUAAAUCAAUCGAUAAUUUUCCGCUUCUUCAAGCUUUUGAUAUUUCAACCAGUCAAAUUGAUCAACUAUAUUAUUUUCUUGCAAAAUCCGAGAACAUCAAAUAUUUGUAUUUGGAAUUAGAGGAAGUUAUUGGAAACGCAAAACAUGUUGGUUCAAUUUUUCUCUAAAAUUCGAAUAAUAUAAAUUUUGUAGACUUUAAAACUUGCUGAAGACUUCAAAUGGAUUUCACUUGAAAAAAUUCGAUUGAAAUCGAAUAAUUCAGAUGUGGCUAUGGAUAUUUUAUAUCGAUUGAACAACCGGAAAUAUAGGGAAAUUGAAGUCUUAAUUUUUGAUGAAAAAUUUGAAAAUGUGGAUCAGAAAUUGAUGGACAUUUUCAGGAAAACUUUUUAUUUGAGGACGAAUUUGAAAUUUACGAAUAAGCAGUUUAUUGAAUUGGAGAAAAUUGUCAAUUCUAUUGAAUUACAUUAA